UCAAGAAAAACUUUUCCUCUCUUUUCAAGCGGUACAUUGGUUAUCGCAAACAUACCAUCUUUGCAUAUUUAUUGUUCUCGUUCAACUCAACUUGCUUUCAAGCCGUCGUCUUUGCAAAUUGCUCUUCUAUUCUUGAUUCGCAACGCAGACAGACACAUCCGACACACACACACAAAUGGACAUACCAAAUUCACCGCGAUACUUUACAUUCUUUUUUAUUUUCACAGUGACAGUGACAAGUCACAGACAAUCUUUUCUACCUCCCUCCCUCUCACACAGACACACACACUUACAUACCUCACCGCAAUGCUUGUUUGCACUCCUCAUACCUAACAGCAAGCAUGCAUCGCGCGCCGCUCAUAACAGUACAACCACUCCUUUCUUCUACUUAUUUUGACGCUGGCUGCUUUUAAUAUCAAUCAAAUGAUCCAAAUUUAGUGAG